AUGUCAAACGAAUCCAGUGACAAUCCCCGGCGAACAUGGGACACUCACUUUCACCCGCCACCUCAGCAAGAAACGAGUACCGAGUCGUGGUCGUCUCUAUUGCCACCUGCAAGACUUCCUCGUGGCCGCUUUGACUUGCGACGACCAGUCAGCCCCGUCAGUGCUCCGGUGCCUGAAAAUGAGGUUAUUGAUUUGACAAAUGACUCCGAGUUACCACGUCAACUAUACGAACCUCGCUCCCCAAAUGCUCAGGGAUUCCAUACAGUACGACGACGACGACCGCCUCGAUUCGGCAGGGCCAUCUUGUCACAAGAAGUGGUGGAUUUGGUUGAUGAACCAGCAACACCUGUUGUCCCGCUGCCUGGUGAAAGACGUCAUGGAGAAUGGGGUCAUAAUUCGAGUCCAGACGUCCAAUUCGUUGGUUCCGUGCAACGGGAUGCUGGUUCUCUGCCACAGAGGGGUUUGUGGAACGGAAGACUGUCAGAAAAUAAUAAUCGUUGGCCUGCAUUCGGCGCUCAUGGCAUGUCUCUUACCCGAGAGAUGAUAUCCCGGUCGCUGUAUUUGCCGCCAUGGCCUGCCGAGCGAAAUCCCUAUUCACCUGGCCCAGACAUGAAUUUCCUUAUGAGCCUUGACUAUGCUUCAACAUCGUUUAACCUGCGGCAACCCACCGAGCAAACUCCAGUCACUCGACGCCCUGCCCACCCAACACUCAGCCCGGCACCAAAGGGCUUCAAGCGCACCCUGGAAGACGAUGAUGCGGCAGCCUGUCCCAAUUGUUAUGGCGAAUUGGGAGUGGGUGGUGGAAAGAAAGAGGAGAUCUGGGUCGCAAAGCCAUGUGGACAUGUCUAUUGUGGCGAAUGUGCCUCAAAUCGCUCCAAGUCCAAGGCUAGAAAGACUAACUCUUCUGUUAAGAGUAAGACUUUCUCAAAGUGCCAGGUUGCUGACUGUGAGAAGUCGCUCAGUGCACCGUCAGCAAUGUUCCACCUCUAUCUAUGA